GGUGAUGUUGGGGUUGGUCUCAGGUGCGUAUCGAAGUCGAAAAGAAACCCCCUUCGCAUGCUCACAGAAUUGCCUUAUCAGUACAAUGGCCGUUGCUGUGCACGUGCUGCAAGUAUUGGUGCUACAGAGGAGAUCUCCACCAAAAUUUGCUCUCCUUGUGCUGGCAAUAAUUUGGCUGCUCAUCCUUCUUCUGGUGGUCGUGCCGCCCAUUAUGGUUCAACGCAACAUUUAUGGUUCUAGUGGCCAUUGGUGCUCCGUCGACGGAAGUAUCAUGACGAAGGUUGGCCUCGUUUUCAUAUGGUUGUGGGUGUCUGGGGUAGUAAACAUCAUCUCAUACCUGCUCCUUGCACUCGUUAUCACGCGACUAGUCCUUGUGGAUGGACACAGAUUUCGGUGGAGGAGAAAGCAGGACACGAGAAUAAUUCCGUAUGAAGUAGACAUGUCUGCAGAAAAUGUCAGAGCAAUUCAAAUGGUCUCUUACCCCAUCUUGUACAUUGUACAGGUGUUACCUCAAUCAGUGGCUCGUUUCUUUCAAUUCAGCGGUCAUGACGUUCCGUUUGCAGCGAUAGCUUUCACAUCCACGCUGUUCGCAUCAUGCGGUCUGUUCAACGUGAUCUUGUAUGCUUUGACUCGUCCAAGGUUGAUGCCUAGUAGACCUUCGCACGCUCCACAAGCAGUGCGUGUGGCUACUGCCCAGGCGGCGUACAGUCGCUUUCCACAUGGCUACCCGGUGGAGGACAAUAGCUUUGUUACAGAAACUGGCCCGGCCCAUGUGCCGUAAGACGCCAGAUUUUCUUCAGUCUCCAU